ACACUGCGUCAUUCACUCUGAACUUUUAUGUGCCUCUUUGAUCUUAGCUCUUAGUUCGUUGUUUUUCUUAUAUAUUGCUUGAUUGCGAAACCCAUUUUGAUGAACGUUGCUAUUGCGUGAAGAAAAGAAAAAAAAUGGGUAAAUGGAAUCAUCGUCCGUCGCGUAGGUUCUUCCGCGGUCAAAGAUCUCGCGAGCCUCCUCCGAAAUUCUACAACAUCAAUGCCCCUCUUCCUGAGUUUCGGCAGGAUGGGAUACCUCUAUGGGAGAAGAAAUUCUGCACUUUGAUUGGAACAGUGCCAUGGCAGAAGAUUGUUGAUUCCAAGAAGUUUAUGUUCUGCCACAGCAAUGUGUUCAAUUGGAAUGAUUCAGCUGCUGAAGAAGCAUUUCAAAAUGCGAAAAAAUGUUACUGGGCAAAGAUCAACAGCCUUCCUUGUGAUAUUUCUCUGCCUGAUCCAGAUACUUAUAUUCAUCAAAUAGAUUGGAAUCCUUAUAUUGAUCCUGAACUGGUUAAGGAAUUAGAUAGUGCAUUCUUUUCUCUACCUGAUGAUGAGGAACAAGAGACUUCCAUGAAAAACAAAAGAACAAAAAUUUCAGUAAAUGGUGAAAAUCCUUGGAAAUGUACUGAUACACCUCUAAGCGGAGCUUUAGAAAAUGAAGUACAAGGAUGGAACCAAGGGGAUUAUCGUGUUGAUGAUUCUGGAAAUGUGGAUAAUUCUGACAAUCCCUGGGAGUGUAACAUUACUCAUGGAAAUGGAGGAUUAACUGACAAUGCUGGGGAAGGUGGUCAUGUUAAGUCAUGGGGUUGGAAUGAAGGAAGGGAUCAAAACAAACACUGUAGGGAUUGGAAUUCUGGAUAUAGCCUUUGGGAAAAUGACUGUCUGGGCACACUUUCACAGAAGAAUAAAGGAUGGGGUAAAGUUAGGGAUAGUUCUUGGUGCCAGCAGAAGUCAAAUAAUUCGGUUAACUUUGGCAACUCUUGGGAGUGCAAAUCUAGUCAACAGAAUGCAGCUCCAAUAAACACAGGAUGGGGAAAAAAUGGGGCAAAUGUGUCAGGAUGGAAGGAACAGGAAAAUGCUUAUGUUUCAAGUGGUUUGCAAUUUAGAAGAAAUGAUGGAGGUUGGACUGCCUGGAAUCAGAGUUAUCAGAGGAAGGAAGGCUCUAAUAGACAUACUUUGGGCUAUAAUGGCUCUCAAUGUCAAAGGGGUGAUCGUCAAACAGGUCAUUACUGGAGGGGGGAGAAAAGUAAAAAGAGGGAUUUUGCCCCUUGAUAGCCAUUAGAACAUAAUGUGCCUUGUUUUUUUGUGGGCAAUAGUUUUUUUUUUCUGUUAUACUGUUCAUUUUUUAUAUCCCAAAAUGGAACUGUUCGUCGGGAUUUUGGGGGAAGUUGGAUUUGCUUGCUAGAGUUUAAGGGUAUUUGCUUUAUCCUUGAGGUUAAAAGGGUUAUCCAACAGUAAAGAAUUCUCAUACUUCUUCAUUAGAGAAAUAUAUCCAUCAAGAAAUUUGGCGUAUUUGCUUUAUCCUUGAGGUGUAAACUUUAUAUAUUUCACUGGCCUGUAUCACCAUUUGCUUUUCUUUUGGUCAUCUGUAGAGUGACAAAAUUUUUGGGUUCGUCUAAUGCAUUUAGGGGUUAAUGGAAAACAUUUUUGGACCAGAGGUGGCACCAACUCUCCAGGAACUAGAUCAAAUCACAACUUUACUCUUCAGCGAAGUUGAGUCGAAUUUAGGUGCUUUGGGAAAAGCUAAAUGCCAUUUGGCUUGAAGGCUAUGGCUAGAUCUUUGAAAAAUGCUUCAGUAAGGUUCCCUGCAACUCAACACCUUAUUUUAUUUUGAAUUAACAGUUUGAACGGUCUCUUCAUAAUAAUAGUUUGGACUUUUUAGCUUACUUUUGCUUGUAUUGUAGCUUGGAAAAUAAAGUGUAUAUGAUUGAUCCAGUGUGAAAGAUAGUCCACUCUUAGUUUAACUACUAUGGUAGUAUCUAUGAGAACUUUGAACUUUGAAGAAUUAAUAUCGAUA